AACAUUAACAAUAAUUUAGUUAAGAGUUGGUUUUUUAAUAGAACAAGCAUCUUCAUGCACGGAACCGACGCAACUACGCUUCCUUUUUUGGUACAGAAGAAGGGUAUUUUUGUAAGUGAAAAUCAAUUAAGUACUUGUGCUGUUGAUCAAACUUUCUGUGUGUUUUCUUAGGGAAUCACACUUAAGAUUCGUCGGCGUCUUUCAGUAAUGAAAAAUGCAGAGAUCACGUAACGCUUUUCUUAUUCUCGCCAGAAAACGAAAAGCUUUUUAUUACAACUUGUUCAUUCGUUGUUGCCUUUCUCUGUUCUUCAUUUCUCGUGCUCUUUCCCACAAAGACAGACCAGAGAUUUUGGAUAAAAAAUUAUGUCUGCCAGAUGCCCGGGUGGGAUUCAUGAAAGUGUUUCUUCCUGGAGCUGAGUGUCGGACUGUGGAUAUGUGUUGUUACUCUGCUGAUGGGAAUGACACGACGGUCUCCGGCAAUCAAAAGAGAUGUGAAGGAGAAGAUGUUACAUUAGUCAAAGAGCAAGCCGAGGCUGACAAUCUUAGUCUGAGUGAAACUAUAUUGGUAAAGGAUACACCAAAGAGUGAUCGGUUGGUUCGUGAUGUGCCACUAGGUUUUGAUGAGUUUAAAAAUAAAGCGAUUAAUCCUAGGGGAAAGCCUGCCCUGCACCAAGCUGGAAGCAUUAAGUACAGAGUAGAGCCUGGUGGGGAGGAGUAUAAUUUUGCAUCUGCCUCUAAGGGAGCUAAGCUCGUUGCUGCCAACAAGGAGGCAAAGGGGGCACCUAACAUCUUGGGCAAAGACAUGGACAAAUACCUUCGCAAUCCCUGCUCAGCUGAAGAGAAAUUCGUGGUCAUAGAACUUUCUGAAGAAACUUUAGUAGAUACCAUUGAAAUAGCAAAUUUUGAGCACCACUCCUCCAACUUGAAGGGAUUUGAGCUACUUGGUAGUUUGGUUUAUCCAACUGACUCAUGGAUGUUGCUUGGGAAUUUUACAGCUAAAAAUAUAAAACAGUCUCAGAGAUUCACUCUUAAAGAGCAUAAGUGGGUGCGAUAUCUGAAAUUAAAUUUCCUUAGCCACUAUGGCUCAGAGUUCUAUUGCACACUGAAUACUGUGCAAGUAUAUGGAGUUGAUGCUGUUGAGCACAUGCUAAAGGAUUUGAUCUCUGCUCAAGACAAUUUCCUUUCAUCUGAGGAAUCAGCUGAUGAGCCAAAAGCAAUUCCUCCACAGGUAUCACCCUCUCAAAUUGAUGGUCAGUAUGAAAAUCUCGUUAAGGAAGGUGACACAAUACCUGGUCCUGAUGAUGCCGCACCAAAACUUGAUGCUUCUGUCAAUGAUGUGGGUGAUCAAGUUGGAGACUUGCGGCAGCAUCCUGUGGGAAGAUUGCCCGGGGAUUCUGUUAUUAAAAUAUUGAUGCAAAAGGUGCGAGCAUUGGACUUGAAUUUGUCUGUCCUGGAGCGGUACCUGGAAGAAUUGAACUCAAGGUAUCGGAACAUUUUCACAGAUUUUGAGAAAGAAAUUGCGGCAAAGGAUGAGCUACUAAGAAAGAUGAACACAGAUUUGAUGAAUCUUGGUGAUAGGAACAAUGCCAUUGAGAAGCAAGUUCAAGAUAUAAUGUCCUGGAAACCGAUCGUCUCCUUGCAAGUAGAUAUUUUAAACAGAGAAAAUGCAUUUUUGAGGUUGAAGGUGGAAAGAAUCUUGGAAAAUCAGGAACACGUGGAAAAUAAGGAGAUCAUUGUGCUUCUUAUAAGCUUGGUUUGUAGUAUCUUCGCAACUUUUAAACUAUUUGCAGAUAUGACAAGUGUAUGUAGAAGAAAACAAGACUUGGGGAUAUUUUGUCGUGCUAAUAUUUCCUGGAUUUUCGCACUGUUAUGUUUUAGCAGUAUAGGAAUUAUUCUUUCCUUGUAAAAUCAGAAGUUAUACCAAGUAAUUUGAGUUUCUCUUUAUAGAUGUGAGAUAGAGAUCUGAUCACCCAAACACUACUACUAUCCAUUAUGUCGAAAUUGCAUCAUGUCCAUAUAUAAAUUUGAUUUUGGUGUUUUUUUUAUUUUCAUAUGCAAAUUUUCAAGAAUGAGCAUCGUCUGGUGUUGGUCGCUUCUACAGAGAAGGGGUGAUUUAUUUUCCAUCCUAAACUUCAUAUAUUUCCUUGAGGAUAUUAUAUCAUGCACCAAGAGAGACAUUCCUCUUGGCUUGUGCCUAUAUGAUUAUGUUUGUCUGAUCUGAAGCAAA